CAAAAAUGGCCACCAUGGCGUCCUCCAGAAGGGACCAGCUCUGGCUCCGCCUUUGAUCUCGUUGGUGGGGUAGGGGGAUAAGAACUGCACCGCGCGGGACAAGUCGCCGGCGGCGCCUGACGGAGCAGACGGGGAUUCAUUCUGUAGCCCUGACUUGCCUGGAACUCCUGUGUAGACCAGGCUGCCCUCAACUCACAGAGCCCUACCUGCCUCUGCUAAGUGCUGGGACUAAAGAAGAGACAGCAUGGAGUUGGAGAGGAUUGUCAGUUCAGCCCUCCUUGCCUUUGUUCAGACACACCUCCCAGAGGCGGACCUCAGUGGCUUGGAUGAGGUCAUCUUCUCCUAUGUGCUUGGGGUCCUGGAGGACCUGGGCCCGUCAGGCCCAUCAGAGGAGAACUUUGAUAUGGAGGCCUUCACUGAGAUGAUGGAGGCUUAUGUCCCUGGCUUUGCCCACAUCCCCAGGGGCGUAAUAGGAGACAUGAUGCGGAAGCUCUCCAUGCAGCUGAGUGAUGCUAGGAACAAAGGUCAGGUGCCCAUUUUUCCAGAGACCCCGAGGCAACCUGAAAAGCUCAAAGAAGAGACCAGGUCUCCUGCUGCUACUGGGAACACCCAAGAUAAGGCCGCUGCUGCUGAGGAAGAACUUCUGCCGGGAGUAGAUGUGCUCUUGGAGGUAUUCCCUACCUGUUCUGUGGAGCAGGCACAGUGGGUGCUGGCCAAAGCUCGGGGGGACUUGGAAGAAGCUGUGCAGAUGCUGGUAGAGGGCAAGCAAGAGGGGCCUCCAGGCUGGGAUGGCUCAAAUCAGGACUUGCCCAGGCGCCUCAGAAGCCCCCAGAAGGAUGAGUUGAAGUCCUUCAUCCUUCAGAAGUACAUGAUGGUGGAUAGUGCAGAGGAUCAGAAGAUUCACCGACCUAUGGCUCCCAAGGAGGCCCCCAAGAAGCUCAUCCGAUACAUUGACAACCAAGUAGUGAGCACCAAGGGAGAGCGAUUCAAAGACGUGCGGAACCCUGAGGCUGAGGAGAUGAAGGCCACAUACAUCAACCUCAAGCCAGCCAGAAAGUAUCGCUUCCACUGAGGCGCUGGCUGGACUCUGCUGAGCCUUCCAGACCCCAAAGGGAUGCGGAACCUUGGGCGUCCAUCCUGUCUUGUCUCAUUUCCUUGCUCUAGUGUUAAUCUAUUCUUGGAGCUGCCUUCAAGAGCACAGUAAAGGUGGUUCAAAGAA